AUGGCCACCCGCAUGACCGAGACGCUCCUGCAAGCCACCGACCUCCUCGGCACCACCUCCUGGACGCAAGUGCACGCGAAACACGGCAUCGCGCUCUUCCAAGCCCAAGCCCAACCUCCCGCCCAACACGACAGCAGCAGCAGCAGUCAAACCCGCAGCAGGAGCCCGAGUCAAAGUAGCGCUAGCAAAAGUAGCAGCAGCGCUAGCAAAAGUAACCCGAGCGCCCCCCGCCCCCUGCCGUGCAACGUGCACGCCGUGUGCAAGUUCGCGAGCGACAUCCGCGACGUGGCCGCGUCGCUCGUGACGGCCACGACGCCGGCGUUCAAGCGCAUGAUGGCGACGCUGUCCUCGGACUUUGUCGACGGCGCCGUCGUGCAGACGAUCGUCGCGCCGUCCGCGCUGCACCCGCACCGCUACGUCGGCCUCAAGUGGGCCGCGUUCAAGCGCGCGAGUGCGUUCGCCAAGGACCGCGACCUGUUCCUGCUCGAGUACGUCGACCUGCUUGAAGACGCACAGGGCCACUUGACGGCGCUGCGCGUGCUGCAGUCGGUCGAGUGCCCGCCACCAGUGGCAGCUGCGUACGCCGCGUCGCCCCAGCGGACGCGCGAGCUCGUGCCGCUCAUGGGGUUCCUCUACCACUCGACGCCGCGGACGCGCGAGCUCCGCCUCACGUACACGUGCACUGUCGACACGCCACGCGACGUGGCGGCCAUCCAGACGCACGUCGAGAAGUGCAUUCGCGGCAUUGCCCGCUACACGGAGAACUUUCGCGUGGCCCGCGAAGCGCUCGUGCUGCCGCAGCAGGUCGUGCCCAUGAGCGAGCGCGACCGCUGCCGCACGUGCCGCGCCAAGUUUGGCCUCUGUCGCCGCCGCUACAACUGCCUCAAGUGCGGCGACGUCUGCUGCAGCUCGUGCAGCGCCGUGCGGGCCGUGCACGUGCCGACCAUUGGCACGCGCGAGCUGCGCGUCUGCACGGCGUGUGUGGUGGAAGCGCGUCACGCGGCGCGGGACGUUGCAGAUAUUGACGGGGAGGAGGAGGACGACGACGACGUAUUGCGGGGACGCCAGUCGUGCGACACGCUGCUGGACCCCGUGCGGUCUCGACUCAUUGAGUACAAGACGUUCUCGUCGGCGGGAAGCGAAGACGGCUCGAUGCUGUGCAGUGGCGUUCGUGUGUCCAAGACGAGGUUCCCGACGCGUUCGUUCAGCGACGGCCUCGUCCGACGCAACAAGGCGCUGUUUGCACCCAAGCGCCGAGGUAGUCCUGCCGACUUGGCCAUCUCGAUCGAAGCGUUUCGACUGUACCAGCAGCGCAUGGGCACAACGGCUGCUGCUGCUCGCCGUGGCGAAGACGGAUCGGAGGAGCACGACAAUACGGACAACGAGUCGACGACGUCGUCGUCGUCCAUGUCGCCUACUGCGCAGUCGUCCGUGAAGUCUUUGACGUUGCACGACCGCUCGCCUGGGAAGAGCAGCACGAGUCUGCACUCGGGUCGUUCACGUCUGCGAAGGAGCCGCGAAGCUCGAGGAAGCGAUGAGCCAAAGCUCGAGCUGAAUGAGGCGACAGGCCGGUCCAAGAACAUUAUCUCUGCCACGAGCAGCUUGGUGCAGCAAGCGCGAAAGCUGUCGCACCACCGCAUAUUGGCGUUGCAGCAGGAGCACGAGUUCAUGGCACCGAUGCUGCGCAGUACGGGUGAGACCAGCAGCCAUUCUGGUCUGGACGCGCGCCGACGAUGUCGCAAUAGCUCCCAGGGCAGCGACGUCGAUGUAACGCCGACGUCGGGCUCUGGAGCAGUGCUGUAUUCGAGCUGA